AUGGCCACUGGCAAAUCCGCCCUUCCCAAACCCGUAUAUCCAAUCUCUCAAUUCCAUAUUCCUUCAAACACCAUCAAAUACCCAAAUUCCAUCGAUACCAGACCACCAAAAUGGGAAAGUCCAUCCUCCCUAAUCAACGGCCCGAACCUCAACCUCCUGGGCACACGCGAGCCACACAUCUACGGACACACAACCCUCUCCGAUGUAGAAUCAAACAGUCGCGAGACCGCCGCCAGCCAUGGUGCCGUCCUCGAAUCUUUCCAGUCAAACCACGAAGGAGCAAUUGUGGACCGCAUCCAGGCCGCGCGUGGCAAGGUCGACGGUAUCAUCAUCAAUCCGGGCGCGUACACACAUACCUCUGUUGCGAUCCGGGAUGCCUUGCUCAGUGUCGGUGUUCCAUUUAUCGAGCUCCAUGUCAGCAAUGUCCAUGCGCGCGAGCCCUGGAGACACCACUCGUACUUCAGUGAUAAGGCUGCGGGGAUUAUUGUUGGUCUUGGGGUUUAUGGGUAUAAGGUUGCUGUUGAGCAUGUUUGUGUUAACUUUGAGGAGAAGGAGAAAGGGACUAAAGCCGCGCUCUGA